AAAACGCAGACACUGAUUGGAUCAUUAAAUCAACUGACCAAUCAGUAAAGGCGUUGCUCAAAGAGGCGACGAGUUUUGAUUUUAGAAGCUAACGUUAGCCGCCGAGGCUCAGCUACUAGAAGAUGUCGUUGAAACGGGGGAUUGGCGACUCUGAGUAUUUAAAGAAGAGGAUUCCACAGAAUCAAAGAUAUCAACAUGUAAAAACUCGACUUGAUACAGGUUCCAGUCUGACAAAAUACAUGGAGAGACUAGAGGAGGCAAGGAAAAACUACAGAUAUAGGAAGGACGAGCUGUUUAAAAGACUGAAAGUGACUACAUUUGCACAGCUGUUAAUCCAAGUUGCUUCAGUCUCAGAGCAGGAUGACAAUUUUAAAGAUGAAAUCGAGGGAUUAGAAGAUGAUGUUUCAAUAUUCUCUGCAUCACCAGUCCUUGACCAUCUUUCCGAUCAGACAAAUGGUUCCCCCCAGCCGACUCUUCCUCCCUCACAGAGUAUCAACAAUGAUGAAUCUGGCGACACUGUGUUUUCUCCUAGAUCUACACUCCAAAGUGUUAUCAGUGGUGUGGGAGAAAUGGAUCUGGACAAGAAUGGACAGAAGAGCAUCCCAAACUCUCCAGUGUCUAGCUCAAACAUCACAGAGUGCCCUUAUCCUAAUUGCCCAUAUCUGUUGCUGGAUGUGCGGGACAGAGAGCAGUAUGACCAGUGCCAUAUAAUCAGUGCAUAUAGUUACCCCAUUGCGACCUUAUCAAGGACAAUGAACCCAUACACGAAAGAAGUGCUUGAUUAUAAAAAUGCAUCAGGAAAGAUCAUAAUUUUGUAUGAUGAGGAUGAGAGGAUAGCAAGUCAAGCUGCCACCACCAUGUGUGAGAGAGGCUUCGAGAAUCUCUUCAUGUUGUCAGGGGGUUUAAAAGUGGUUGCACAGAAGUUCCCUGAGGGAAUGACAACUGGCUCCAUUCCCAUCUCCUGUGUGCCGUCACCCUCGGGACCUGGAGGUCGAAAGCGAUCGGUUCCACAGCAGACAUCCCAGCCAGCAGAAAAAAAGUGGCGGUUCACCUCAGAAGACCUCAGCAAAAUCCAGCAUCACCUAGAGGAAGUGUUCAUACCCAGUGAGCCCAGCAGUCGUCUCAGCAGCAGAACGUCCACUAGCAGCGCUCGCUCUAUAGCGUCUACAGUUCGGAGUCGACAAGGCUCAUCCAUAGCAGGAUCAGAAAGUGCUCGUUCACGGAGCAGUCAACCUUGGAAAUAACACUGUUUCACCUUCAUCAUUGUCAUCUUCACUCCAAUGCAAAUAAAGCCUUUAUAUUUUACUUUUGUGGGAUUCCUGUGUACAUGAACAAUCUGAACUAUUUUUUUUUUUCUUCAGUUUACUCUUAUUAUGCCACAUGCACAUUCUCAGAACUACACUACAUUUCUUGGUUCUGGUAGUACACACCAAUGGCAGUGUUGUAUUAUUUUGCACUGCAGACUCCAAAUCCAAACUACAUGUUUAAGAUCUAAAUCUUUUUCUGAUCAGUUUUUUUUGUGGAUCACUGGCCAUUUAUACUAUAAUGAUGGUACAAGGUGUGUGGGGUUUGACAUCCUUUAAUGCUUUUGUAGGUUCUUCUAUAUGUUAUGUAAGUAAGCACUUCUUGGUCGUCAUUUUCUGUUCAGUGAGCAUGCUGGUUUAGCUACUGUAUGUUUACUUGCUCAGUAGGUACAUUAUGUAUGUCGCAGUGCUUUAGAAAUAUUUUAGAUGUGCUGAUUUUGCCUUAAAGGCAGGGCUUGUCUUUUUGUUUAGUGCAUUUAUCUAAAUGUUCAAUGCUUUCCAAACCAAUGCAAAAAGAUUUUUCUUCAUAAUCGGCAUCUUCUCGGCUGUGAUUUGAA